GACUGCCGACUUAUUUCCCUCGCCUCAGCAAUCUCCCUUCUCUCUGUCUCCGUGUGAUGUGUUCGUGUGACACAACCGUUUCUCUUCACAUUUUGUGAUCUCACCUCUAAUGUGAAGUUGGCAGUAUCAGCGAAGACUUUAAGUUCUUGAUUAUGGCGGUGAGAGAGCUGGCUAUGAAUGGUGUGGAAGUCAAGGUGCAUUCCCAGCGGGGGGAAUACGCUGUGCAACCGGUGGCCUCAUCUUCUAAGUUGUCGCCCAAAAGAUCAACUCCGUCAUCAGCAUUGCCUUAUAAUAAUCCGCAGCACCAGCAAUAUGUUUUAUCCGACGAUUCCAGGCCGUUCAGGCGGUGGAUGUCAUGGUCGGUUCCACUUUUUGUGAUAGCUAAUAUUCUUCUAUUCUUUAUUUCAAUGUAUGUCAAUGAUUGCCCCAAGAACUCGGAAUCUUGUACUGGCAAGUUUCUUGGGAGAUUCUCGUUCCAACCCGUCAAGGAAAAUCCCCUUCUUGGUCCUUCCUCUUCCACGUUAGAGAAGAUGGGAGCGCUGGAGGUGGAUAAAGUGGUUCAUCGGCAUCAAGCUUGGCGCCUCAUUUCUUGCAUAUGGUUGCACGCUGGUGUUUUCCAUUUACUUGCUAACAUGUUGAGUCUUGUAUUUAUUGGAAUUCGCCUUGAGCAAGAAUUUGGGUUUAUUCGAAUUGGAUUGGUCUAUGUCAUUUCUGGUUUUGGUGGGAGUUUGUUGUCGGCUCUUUUUAUUCAGUUGGGUAUCUCUGUCGGUGCCUCUGGUGCACUUUUUGGCCUACUAGGAGGCAUGCUCUCAGAGCUGAUCACAAACUGGACCAUAUAUGCAAAUAAGUUGGCAGCACUAAUGACUCUUGUUUUGAUAAUUGUAAUAAAUUUAGCAGUUGGAAUCCUUCCACAUGUAGACAAUUUUGCCCAUAUUGGAGGAUUUCUUUCUGGUUUGCUUCUUGGAUUUGUGUUAUUAAUUCGGCCCCAUUUUGGGUGGGUUAAACGAAAGGCUUGUCCUCCUGGAUACAUUGCACCUCCAGCUAAAUCUAGACACAGGACAUAUCAGUAUGUAUUAUGGGUUGUCUCUCUGAUACUACUGAUUUUUGGAUUUACAUCUGGGAUGGUUGCACUCCUUCGAGGAGUAGAUUUGAAUAAUCACUGUUCUUGGUGUCAUUAUUUGAGCUGUGUCCCUACUUCACUAUGGAGCUGCAACUCGCAGAAAGCCUAUUGUCAGUCAAGCCAAAUUGGAAAUCAAUUCAACUUGACAUGCCUGAGCAAUGGGAAAAGUCACACCUAUCAACUCUCAGAUAUUUCGUCUUCCCAUGUUCAGCAGUUAUGCUCUCAGCUCUGCAGUUAAUGUCCUCGGAUAGAUGAAACUGUAGCCAACUUUCUGUUUAACAAAAUUGUUGCAUGCAUUUAUGCAUUUGUAGCCAACUUUCUUGUGUCACACGAUUUACAGAAUUGUGUCAUAACUAGUCAUAGCUGAAUGAAUCAACUCUAUCCGUCUGCAUCUGCUGAAUUUCAAAUUCAAGGAUGUGAAUUUGGAAAUGCAUUUGGCCAAAAAAAAAAAAAAAGCUUUGUUUGUUUUAAAUUUUGUUUUUCUUUUUUAAUGAAUGUAUAAAGUUGUUCAAAAACUUUAAAUUCUUUGAAAAAAAAAAAAAAGAAAAGGUCAGUUUUUGUUUCCCAAAGGAUAAAUAUUCUACUUCAUUAGAAAAAAUUACAAUUGCAAAGUAGCUACGAGAUUACUGUCUCAACUCUCAAAUCUGAAGAGGGCUUGCUGAUGGCAAAGCCAACCCAAGACAAAAUGUAGAAAAACAAGCAAAAGCUUUAGGGCUCUUUGAUUAAACCCAAUGGUGAUCGUGCCUACUGAUUUUUGCAUAAAAUGGUGAAAAGUAUAAAAUCAGAAACUCUAUCAUGACUAAUCUCUCCUUUCUCGGUCCUUUUCCCCCUUCUUUCUAUUUUCUUUAUGGCCUAUUCACCAUGAGUUUAGAGUAUUUAGUCCGUAGAUUUUGCAAACAUCAAACUAAGAGAUUCCUCCGUCUAGGGACUAGAGGGGUGUUUGGCAAUGCGUUUAGGGGUUAAAAAAUAACUUUUUUAAAAACUGCACCAAUUUAGGUGUUGGAAAAAGUAGUUUGGAAUUUUUAUUUUUGUUAUUUUGAUGUUUUUAUGAUUAAAUUAUGUUUAAAAUAUUUUUAAAUUAUAUUUUAAUAUUCUUUAAAUAAUACUUCUAAGAAAAUGCUUUUUUUUCAACAACGAUACUAAACAGACUCUAAAUAGUUUUUGCCAUUUGAGUUGCAGCUCUACUAUAGAGAUGGAAGCAAGCAUUCCGACUAAAAUAGAAAAAAAAAAAUGGA